GAAUUCAGCUCAGUGGUUUCAGGAAGUACAUAAGUUGUUGUGAAGAAGACGACUGAGAAACAAGCUCGGAAUAUAAAGUAGGACAUUUCGCACUUUUAUCUUUAACUACUUUACUGCAUUCCGGGUGUUAUCGCGGUGGCAAAUGGUCUAACAGCAGGUGAUGGCUAAACCCAGAAUAUCUUCCAUUGACGGGAAGUUAGCAGAAGAAUUUGCCGUUCCCUCCCAUGUCGAGGAGGUCAAAGAGAAGAUGGCUGUUUUCGCCAGGCAUCAUGCGGCAGCAGAUCGCAGGGUGGUUCUCAUCACAUCAGGGGGAACCAAAGUGCCCCUGGAGUCCCGCACAGUUCGUUUCCUCGAUAAUUUCAGCAGUGGCAGACGAGGAGCCUCCUCAGCAGAGUAUUUCAUAGAGUCAGGCUACGCUGUCAUCUUCCUCUACAGGCAUCGCUCCCUUUACCCCUACACACGGAUAUUCUCAAACAUAAACAUGCUGGAUGCCCUGAAGUUCAGUGAUGGUGAAGGAGUAUCCGGUAACGCCGAAGUGGUGGUUAACCAGCAGGUGCUUCCCAACAUUGCCAAAGCACUGAAGCGAUACCAGGAAAUGAAAGAAGGCAAACUCCUUCUGCCCAUCGAGUUCAGCACUCUGUCAGAGUAUCUGCAUCUACUCAAAGCAGCAGCGCAGGCACUCAGCACAAUAGGAUCCAAGGCCAUGUUUUACUUGGCUGCAGCUGUGUCUGAUUUCUAUAUCCCAGCAUCUGAGAUGCCUGAACAUAAAAUCCAGUCUUCCAAUGGACCACUUCAACUCAGUAUGAACAUGGUCCCUAAGAUACUGUCCCCGCUGGUGAAAGACUGGGCACCUCAAGCUUUUGUCAUAUCGUUUAAGCUGGAGACAGAUGCGACCAUCCUGCUGGACAGGGCUCGACGGGCUCUGGACACCUACAGGCACCAGGCAGUAGUGGCCAACGUGCUGGACUCUAGACGGGGUUAUGUGGUGGUGGUGACCCCCGAAACUCAGGCUGAGCUGAUCAUCACAGAGGAGGAUGUGAAGAAUGAAGUGGAGAUAGAAGAGAGGAUAGUGAGCAACCUGACAUCAGCACACAACAAGUUCAUAACUUGAUAAGGAGGUUGACCGAAAUCAUCAACACUGCAUGUUUGUGCUCUUACCCGAUCUGGUGUUUGGCUUCGAUUUCUAAUUGCCCAUUACGCUGUCUUACUGUAUAUGCUGCUAGGUUGCAUAACUUUAGUAAUAAUUAGAACUAUUAACAAAUUAUGGCUUCCUUGUACUUUUAAUGUGCUUUAAAAACAGACCACUUCGUUAUGUUGUCUCUGAACAGAUACAAUAUAAAAGUUUAUUCACAUUGCGCAAUGAUCUAGAACAAAAAACUAAUUUUGAUGACUUUACAACAACAGUUAUUGACAGCUGAAUAAUUCAGUGACAUGCUUUUACCUAUAAGAAACAUUACAUUUAGACUUUUGGUAAUUUUUAAAUCCUGCGAUUCUACUUUGCAGCAUUCUUGCAUGGUUACUUAAGUUUGACACUCUUCUUGACACCAGCACGAAUACCAGACAGCUCCCCGCUGUAUCUCGUCACCUCCCGACGAACAUCUCGCACCUGGUGAAUAGGAACAGAACGUGUUUGACACGGACACAUAUACUCUUGAUUCAAACUGAUGAGCUUUAUGAUGCACUUAAACAGUGUAAUAAAAAUGGUCUCAUCAAUGUGCGGAAUACAAACCUGGCCCUUUCUGCGGAUGUUGGCUCGUCUGAACUUCUCUCUGUGCUUGACUCUGGGAUUACGAUCAAUUUUCUUCCUCUUGGGUGUCAGCCCCUUGUUCUUGGCCAUCUGUGGAAUAGGUAGAGGCACAUUAUUAGAAAAACUAUUCUGGAAUGACGGUUCAAUAUGUAAAUGAAUACAGUGUGAGGGGCACCAUAUAUUGAGGGAAAAAAAACUGUUGUAAGCUGGCUCUGAUGUACUUUUAGUUUUCAAGCACACUCAUGAACCAAAAAACAAUAAAAUAUACAUGUUACCCUCUUUAA